AAUGAAUUUAUUUAUCAUAAAAAAAGGUCACUAAUUGUAAGUUUCAGCGAUAAUUUAUAAAAAUCAUGACAAAAAAUUAAUUAUUUGAACUAUUAAGCAUGAUCUUUUAUAAGUUUCAGUGACAAUUUAUAAAAAUAAGAAAAUUGCAAAGAUCUUUAGUGCUCCUCUCUCUAUUUGAUUUUACACAUAGAUCUUUGCAAUCUGUGUGCUGAGUCUUAAGAAGGUCAUGGGUAUUUGGUAGGUCUUAUUUUAAAUAUUUUUAAAAUGAAAUAUCUCUCUCACAUAUAGUAAUUUUGGGAAGUAAAAUUGAUUAUACAAAUAAGAAAAUUGGCUAAAUCUUUAGUGCUCCUCUCUCUAUUUGAUUUUUUUUUUUAAUCAGCAGUUGUUCAUAGAAAAUUGGCUAAACCAUUAAAGGUAUCCUACUUCUUUAAUAUGUUGCUUGGCUUCCAUUGGGAAUUAAAUUGUUCAAUUUGCUUUUAGUUUACGAUUUUUUUUUAAAAUUUAAUAUUAUCAUUUGUAAAUGUUUUGCAAUGAUAGAUUAAUCUACAAUAAUAGAUAUAUAUAUAUAUAUCUAUAUAAUAAAACAGAACGGUUUUAAAAAAUAUAUAAAAUGUAUGUGAGAUACAUUUUAGAUCAAUGGUCUAUAUUAAUCCUGAGAAUAUAUCAACAACUCAGAUUUAUGUAGCUCCCGCCCAAACAUUAAACCUCCACCCACCCACGUCUCCUCUCCUUCUGUCUUUAUCACCCUCUCCCUCUCACCCACGUCUCAUUCCCUUUUUAUCUCUCUCUCUCUCUCUCUCUCUCCCUCUCUUCUUCUUUCAUACCCUCUCUCUUUCCCGACGCUCCUGCUCUUCAGUCUCUGCUCCCAAGGUAGAUCGGUCGACGCAACCAACAAGAAAGAUAUCGGUAUCCUCAUCUCAAUCAAACCCUACUUCCCUCUCUCUAAGUCCCUCCAAUGUCUUCCUUCAAAUCCCCACUUUCAUUGGCUUCAUCAGUUGACGGCAGCAGCAGCGAUCGGAUGGGUCUGUCUCACCACCCUUCCGGUGAGAUUCACGUCAUUGUUGGGCCAAUGUUCGCUGAAAAAACAACAGCUCUCCUUCGUCGAGUCGAAUCUGAGGGCAACAAUGGCAGAAAUGUUGCAAUAAUAAAGUCAACCAAGGAUACGAGAUAUGCGGUUGACUCGGUGGUGACACAUGAUGGGACAAAGUUUCCCUAUUGGGCGUUGCCGGAUCUGUUGUCAUUUAGGCAAAAAUUUGGAGAUGAGGCUUAUGCCAAG